AGCCGUGAAGGCGCUUUGGGGGCAUUUAAACAUCAUCCACUGGACCGAAGUGGACGCAGGCAACACGAAAAAGGCGAAUGGAUCUCCAUGUCGAGGGGGGAGACCUUUUUUCUCUUUCUAACAUUGCAUGACGCCACUCGUUUUUUUCAGUGCAUUAUCUUUGAAUAUAUGGACUUGUUAUUGUAAUUGUUUUGCUUCUCCACCUGUAGCUGAGUGUGGAUAUUACUUUGCAAAAACACACUGUUGGAUUAUUGCGCAUCCGUGCGUAAAAGGAGAGGGGAAAGGUUAAAUCCAUUCAAGGCUGCCGGUAGAGCAGCAUGGAUAGAAAGGAAUUUGCACUCACCUAGGAGACAAGUGGUCCAUCCCGGGAGCUCGCCAUUUCUCUCUCGUUUGUCAUAUUCCUGCGGAGGAAGAAGAGGAAGAGGAGGAGAGCGUCGGUGAGCAGCCAUGGGCAAAGAGGAGUGUAAAACUAUGCUGGACGCUCUGAAUAAAGUGACGGCCUGCUACAGACACCUGGUCAUCGCUCUGGGCAGCACCUCGGACUCGCAGAACUUACGCGAGGAGCUGAAAAGGACCCGCAAGAAGGCGCAGGAGCUGGCCGUGGCCAACCGGACUAAACUCACGUCCCUGCUCAAAGACAAGAGCAUCAGCAAGGAGGACCGCGCCGAGUACGAGCGUCUAUGGGUGCUCUUCUCCAGCAGCAUGGACCUCCUGGAGGUGGACAUGAAGCGGUCGCUGGAGAUAGGCCAGGACUUCCCGCUCAAGGUGCCUACUAGGCAUUUCAUUCAGACGGGCAUGACGGGAAGCACCAGCACCGUGGCAGCCCGCGCCAUGAGCGUGCAGAACAUGAAGUACGAGGCCGACAGCAACAUCGACACCGCCGACCUGCGGGACCUGCAAGCCGAGAUCUGCCAGGUGAGCCAGAUGAUGGAGGAGAUGGAGAUGAAGGUGCAGGUGGCGCCGUGGGCCGUGGAAGCCAAACAGGAGGCGGGCGCCGAGCUCAAGUCCAACAUGAGCGUAGGAAAUUCCUCCGUGGGCGUCAUCUCUAUCUGCGAGGAGGAACCCAAGGAUGAGGAGGGAGGAGGAGGAGGCGGCGGGGACGCCGGCUUUGCGUCCAUCUGCGCCGUGGUGGUCUUCUUUGUCAUCGUCACUGUGGCUGUGGUUCUAGGCUAUCUGGUUAUCAACAUGUCCUGAACGUCAGUAGGCCUACCCACAAAUGACAAAAAACGUGGUGGGUAGGUUACAAUGUCAGCACACUGAGUGGUGUCCUAUUUUCAUAUUUAUAUUUCCCUUGCAAAAGUGCACAAACAACAAUUUCCGUCACCCUGAAAAAAAAAACAAGUAGGAUAUUUACGACACAAAUCAAGUAUUAUACGAAAACAUGGUAACAUUACGAGAAUAAAUUUCUACAGUUAUCAGCGGGUAAGUCAUAACAUUAUGAGAGUAAAGCAUAUAGUCAUAUAUUACAAAAAAAAAUCAUAAUGAUUUAAUAACAUUACGUGAAGAUGCCAAACUUGUUAUUAAUUAUGUUAUUAGGACUAAACCCCCGAAAAGUCUACUAUCACUCAAAAAAGUUGUAAUUUUACGAGAAUAAAGUGUCAAUAUCAUGCAAGUCACUGUGUGACAAGACUAACAUCGUACUCUUCCAAGUUUUUGCUAUUACAAUAAGAAAACGGUGACAUUUCCGAGAAUAAAGUUGCAUUGUUAUAAGUAAUAUUCUUAAAGGGAUAGGCACAUUAAAGUCAUAACGCUACGAGACUCAUGUCGUAAAGGCCUAGUGUUACCGUACUAAAGUCGUAAUGUCACGAGAAUAAGGUUGUAGUUCUCAGGUUGUGCCAAAACUACCGUGUUGUAGUUUCUUCUAUUUAUACUAAAUCUGCACGUUCAUGCUAAUAAUAUUGACAUUAUGCUUGUAAAAUGACAACUUUUUAAGUAAAGAUGUUGCGAUUCUAUUGCAGCGUUAUUCAUAGAAAAUGUGGACUUCCACCCGCAUAACAUUACAAUGUCAUUCUCGUAUUUUUUGGGAUAUUUACAUUUUCAUGGUUGUCACUUUGUUUUCGUAAUAUUUUGUUUUCCUUACACUCUUUUGACGCAAUGUCACCAAAAUUGCUCUGAUUCGUUUUCCUGUUUAUGGACCAACAUGUUGCUAGGCAGAACUUUUUGUUAAAACUGGCACAUACCAGCCAUGCCUACUAACAAAACUACUACAUAAACAUCAGCAUAGUAAUGAUAACAGUUUUAUUUUACUUUAUUUCGCAAGUGAAUCAUUACUAAAAAGAAAUCUGCUGUUCUCUGCCCUAAUGUAUCAGAGGACAAAAACUGUGGAGUAAAUAUGAUGAUUUGUGAAAACAUUUGCACUAGAUUUAAAACAUUUAGAAGGUGGAGAUAACGGGCAUCAGGUACGUUGUGAGAUAAAGCAGGCCUGCUUCUAGGGUUUAGGGGUUUGUUUAUUUUUGGAAACAGGGGCAGAAAGCAAAGAAAAAAAAAACUACAAGGCAGUGUGUGGCCAUCAGGAUUUAUGCAAACAACACGUAAUCCAAGUGGAUUAGCAGGGGAGCUCAUGCAGAAACAUAGCCUACUGUUAAGUAUUCCCAUUGACAGGCUAAAAGAUUCCUUACAUGAACAAAUAGCAAAUGCGGCCAUCUGAUAAAGUUCUUUGUUUUUGAAUCUGCACUAUUCCGCACAUUCUCGCCAUAACACGUUACGUAAUCCACAAUAAAAUCAGAUAUUUGUAGAUUCCAGUGCAUCAAAUCACAAUGUGAUUCUAAGAGCUGUAAGUUCACUGAAUGCUUUGCUCCAAUAUCAGGGUUUUCUUGUAAAAACAGUGUUGAAUGUAUACAUUGCAAAAUGUAUGAAUAGAUGUUUUGUACAGACAGUCUUCUUGUGUCAGAUAAUGUACAUACAAUCAAGUAUAUUUAUUAUAAUAAAACAAUGAAAUGCACAAAGAGCUGUUUGGA